AUGGAUCCCGUGCCCUCGCCUCUGCAGGCAGCCGCCAACGCGCAGCAGCGCCGCAUGCAGCACCCGUCCGGCACCGCCGGCAGCACGCCCUCGUACGGCGGCGCCCACCAGAGCCACGCCUACGGCACCCAGGACACGGCUGGCCACCAGCAGUUCUUCAACCCGGCCGUGAUGACCGGCAUGGACGCUCACUCGCGCAACAUGAGCAUGGACAGCGCCGGCAGCAGCUCGCACUACAUGCACCUGCCGCCCAUCGCCGGUAGCUACGGCUCGCACGCGUCGACGGGCGCUGCGGCUGCCGCCGGCACCGACGCGUCGCACCACUCGUACGACGGCCAGCACCGCUCGCCGCGCAUGGUCGGCCACAGCCCGCAGAUGUACGGCGGCGCCGCCGGCACGGCCGCCGCGGGCUCGCACCCGUACGGCCAGAACGCGUACGCCAGCCAGUACGGCCAGAGCUACCAGCAGCCCGGCUACUACGGCCACCACGGCCAGCAGCACCUCGCGGCGCACCAGCAGCACCAGUAUGGCGCACACGCGGGCUACCCGGGCGCCCAGCAGCACCCGUACGGCCAUCAGCAGGCGGCGCACCACGCCGGCGCGUACGGCCACUACCCGCAGGUCGGCGCCGGCAUGCACAACGUCGGCACGCUCGGACAGGCUGGCGCCGCUCCGGCUGCGGCCUCGCCCGCUGCUGCCGUGACGGCACCGGCUGCCACGACGGCGCGUGCCGAGACGGCGAGCUCUGCGGGCCCGUCGCGCUCCAAGGGAACCAAGAAGGCCGCCAAGGAGAAGGAGCCCAAGGCGCCGGCCGCCGAGAAGCCCGCCAAGGGCGCGGCCAAGUCGAAGCGCGCUGCGCCGUACGAGGUCCCGGCCCCGGCUCCGGCCGCUGCGCCCGCGAAGAAGGCCAAGAAGGAGAAGGAGGAGAAGCCCGCCAAGCCCGCUGUGCUGCGCUCGAAGCUCAAGCCGCCGAAGCAGGCGCCGUCGGCGUGGCAGGUCUACUUUACCGAGGAGCUGCAGAAGAUGAAAGUCAACCAGCCUGGCGAGCGCCUCAACGUCGCGCACGUCGCCAAGGACGCCGGCCAGCGCUACGCUGCGCUGCCCGACUCGGCCAAGAAGCGGUUCCAGGAGCGGUCGCUCGAGCUCAAGGCCGAGUGGGAGAAGGACAUGGAGGCGUGGCGUGAGACCCUCACGCCCGAGGACAUCAAGCAGGAGAACGCAUUCCGCACGGCGCAGCGCAAGGCAGGCAAGAGCCGCAAGGGCAACCUCAAGGACCCGCACGCGCCCAAGAAGCCGCUCAGUGCCUACUUCCUCUUCCUGCGUGCCAUCCGUGCCGACCCGGCCAUGAUGCAGCAGGUCUUCGAGGGCGAGUCGGAGACGACGAAGCAGAGCGUGCUCGCUGCUGCCAAGUGGCGCAGUCUCUCCGAGACGGAGAAGCAGCCCUACCUCGAGCGCGCCGAUGCCGACAAGGCCGAGUACGAGCGCCAGCGUCGCGAGUACGAGACGACGCACGGCAUCGAGCCGGCAGCCAAGACGAAGCGCGGCGGCGGCACCAAGCGUGCCUCGACGGCCACGUCGGGCGACGACGACGAUGAGGACGACCACAUGGGCGCCAUGGCUGACCCGUCGGACUUCAAGAUCGAUGGCUUCGGCGACGGCUUCCCGGAGGAGCCGUUCAAGGUCGACGCCUGA